AUGCUAAAAUUUGCUGGACAAGCCAUUGCGCCGCGUAUAGUUGCUGGCUUGGCAGGUAUCACACAAAGUAGUUGCCCACAUGUAGUUCCGGGGGUCAGUACGGCAUUGCAAAAGUUCAUAUCGCAAAACCACUCUUAUAACCGUAAAGUGGAUGUCAAGGACCAUUACGAAUUUGAUCAAAAGGUAAUAAACAAUGACAAUCCGGUUGUUGUAAACUUUCACGCAGAAUGGUGUGAUCCAUGCAAAAUACUUACACCAAAAAUGAGCGAACUCUUAGAUGAUUCUGAAGAGAUCGACUUGGCUACCAUUGAUGUAGAUACAAACUCUGAAUUAGUAGAGACCUUUGAAGUAAAAGCAGUGCCUGCUGUACUGGCGUUCCGUAAUGGCGUCGUGGUUGAUAAAUUCAUUGGGCUAGUGGAUGCAAAUAGUAUAGAAAGUCUAAUCAACAAGUUGAAACGCAAGAAACAACAAGCCGACGAAGCUGCCGGGAGUGCGAAGGAUAAAUAAGUUACCCAAUGACACUUAGUCUCAAAAAGUUACUUUCACUCAUAUUUCAAGCGUGCUGGAUAAGUGGCAAACAACGAGAUGAAAGAAUAUUUGUGUAUUUCGUAUGUAAGUUUUUAUUUACAUAUUGUAUUUUUGGGGUAGACAUAGUAUACAAUUUUACACUCAUCACGAUGAGCAUUGUAUUUUCUUUUAAUUAUUUUGACGUACGUAAUACGAUUUUAUAAUAAUGUGCGAUAUUAACAUAUAAAAUGUAAACAAAUAAGAUGUGGCAAUAUUAUACCCGACUCUCAAACUGACAAGAUAUUUUCUGUAAAUAUUUUGAUUAUUAAUUGAAUUUAUUCAGCUGUUCUGUGCAAUUUUGAAAACGCUUAAAUUCUUCUACUCUUCACAAUACAUACUAUAAAAUGAAAUUGUUACUGUAUAAGGAAUAACUCAUUAAUUUUAUCUGGUUUGCAACACAAAAGCCUUUUGAAACGUUUAAAUAGUUUUAUUUUUAAUAAAAGCGUUAGCGAUACUAUAACAAUUAA